AGCAAUCUGAUGCCAGGAUCCUGUAGUGAAAAGGAAGGGAGGUGCUGGAAGAAAUGCAGAGCAAAAAGUCAAGAGAGUCAGCUGGGAAAGGUGUGGGACACAGCAGUGCUCUGAGCCUCAGGAACACCAUCAGCUGUUCCCUGAAGGCCUGUUUGCUGGGCUGAGGGUUGCAUGGUAGCUGCACUCCCUUCCCCAGCAGGCUGGCUCAGAGGAGAACGGAGCUAUCAUGUCCCAAGGAGAAGCAGCAGGACGCGGCGCUGCCAAGCCCCAGGACCAGGGCUGGGCAUGGAUGGUGCUGCUGGCUGCAGUGGUGCUGCAGGGGCUGACGCUGGGCUUCCCCUGCUGCAUUGGUGUCUUCUUCACGGACCUCCAGCACGAGUUCCAGGCCAGCAACAGCCAGACAUCGUGGUUCCCAUCCAUCAUGGUGGCCGUGCUGCAUGGAGGGGGGCCCCUCUGCAGCAUCCUGGUGAAGCGCUUUGGCUGCAGGUUUGUGGUGAUGCUGGGUGGGCUGCUCAGCGGGCUGGGAAUGGUGUCCAGCUCCUUCUGCCAGUCCAUCAGCCAGCUGUACCUCACAGCUGGCCUCAUCACUGGUCUGGGAUCAUGUUUCAGCUUCCAGGCAGGAGUGACUACGCUGGGCUACUACUUUGUACGGUGGCGAACACUGGCCAACGCCGUGGCCUCCACUGGUGUCUCCCUCGGUUUCACACUGUGGCCACUGCUGUCUCAAUACUUGCUGGAGAAGAUGGGCUGGAGAAACACCUUCCUCAUCUUUGGAGGAAUACUACUGAACUGUUGUGUUUGUGGAGCCAUCAUGAGACCCAUUCAGCUGGCAUCAGAGUCACUUCUAGAGUCUGCCAAGCCUGAAGAGGAGCCAGGGAGCAAAGCAGAAGAGGCACAGCUGUCCAAUGGAGAAUCUCCUCACCACCACACACUCCAGCAGCACACCACAAGGACAAAAUGCUUCCAGAUGCUGCAGAAAUACCUGGCUUUUGACAUCUUCUGGCAAAACAAAGGUUACCAGAUUUACACUAUUGGAGUGACCUGGAUGAUGAUGGGGUUUGCCUUACCCCAUGUCUACCUUGUGCCUUAUGCCAUCCACAACGGGGUGGAGGAGCACAAGGCAGCCCUCCUCAUCUCCAUCAUCGGCCUCAUCAACAUCUUCAUCCGCCCUGUCACAGGGCUGCUCUCAGGACACAGAGUCUUCUCAGGGAGGCGCAUCUACUUGUUCAGCCUGGCCGCGCUGCUCUGCGGGCUCAGCAACUUCAUCUGUGUCAUUUCAGCCCAGUUCAGUGUGCUCAUCCUCUACUGCGUCAUCCUCAGCAUAGCCAUGAGCGGUGUCGGGGCGCUCACCUUCCAGGUGCUGAUGGAUGUGGUGGAGAUGGACAGGUUCUCCAGCGCUCUAGGGCUCUUCACCGUCCUAGAGAGCAUCACCCUCCUCAUCGGGCCCCCGCUCACAGGUUUCCUGGUAGACAUAACCAGCGAUUACCACUAUGUCUUCUACAACUCCAGCUUCUUCAUGAUAUCUGCUGCAUUAUUUAUGGGGCUCAGCUUCUGUGCUCUGGAAAAAAAAAACAAAUUGAGAGAGGCUUCCAAAGCAUGUUUGGACAAUCCCUCCAGAUAUCAAUACAGUGAAACAUCAACAGAACCAAAGGCUGAAAGUCAACCUCCUCCAGUAAUUCAGUACAUCACGAGCAUAUGAAAAUAAAAGGGGAAAAAGAGCAACAAGAGGUCUGCACAAAGCAAUACAGGGCUCAACACUGAUGACAGAUGAGAAAAGAACAGUCUGCUUUCCACAACUGUCAUCUUCCUUUUGCACUUCCAUUCCAUAGGGCCUUGUCAGACUCCAAGACAGUGAUCCAGACCACGGGUCCAGCCCAGAACCCAGCCCAGGAAACAAAGCACAAAGAGAUCUGAGCUCUCCUAAAGCAAACCAUAGGAUAACAGCCACGGGACCCAGUGCUGGGAGACAAAAGCUGAGACAUUUCAACUGGGUUAAGUCACCACCUUUUAGAAGUCACUGGAAUUUCACAAGCACAUUCCAGUUGGAAGUGCUGGAUAACACAUAUUAAUGGGUAGUUCUUCACAAAGAAGUAUUGUAGCUUCUUCUGAAUAUGCAAUUCUGGUGCACAGGCUUCCUGUUUGCUUCCCAUACUGGGGGUGGCAAGACAAACACUUUCCACAGGAAGUGUGUUAUUAUUUUCCACAUCUCUAAAUAUUUUACAAAAGCAGCUACAUGGGUUGUAGGGCUCAGACAAGUUUCCAGCAAGAUCAACUAUUUUCUCCUAUGAAGCAUAUACAGGAAUUCUUCAUGCCAAGGACCAUUUCAAAGCCUCAAAAUUCAACUCCAGAGCCUCAAAAAAAACCCCCACAACAACCCACCAAGCCU